AUGGAUUUGGUUGGGGCGUCUGCAGUGUGCGCUUCAACCGAUGGCACUCAAGUUGACCUCAAAACAGUGGAAUUAAGGUCGGCUGAUGUCGACUUUGCGGCGCUAAUAUUUGGGAGAGAACGUUUAGGGAUCAAGAAUUUAUCAGAAAGCACAUUCAGAUUUUGUGAAAACGUUGAAGAGAGUGCACUGAUAAUGUGCCAAUGA